CCGAGCCCCAGGGGGUGGGAGGUGACACAGUCGUCUCCCCACCUGCCCGGGGCAGCAUGGUCGGCUCCAGCAUGGGGGCUCCAGAAAUAAGAAUGUCUAAACCCCUGGAGGUAGAGAAGCCGCGCCUGGACUCGCAGCUGGAUCCCCCAGAUACCGAAAGAAAUGGACCCGAAGCCAACCACCAGAACCCCCCAGUCAAGGCCGCCCCAUUCAGCCCGUCCCCCACCGGCCCCGGUGCCAAGAUCAAGGCCGAAGACUCCAGCGGCGACCCGGCCCCGGCGGCCGCCCCUCCGCCCCCUCAGCCGGCCCAGCCCCACCUGCCCCAGGCUCAGCUCAUGCUGGCGGGUAGCCAGCUGGCCGGGGACAUUCAACAGCUCCUCCAGCUCCAGCAGCUGGUCCUGGUCCCGGGGCACCACCUCCAGUCUCCCGCACAGUUUCUGCUGCCGCAGGCCCAGCAAGGCCAGCAAGGUCUGCUACCGACGCCAAAUCUGUUCCAGCUACCUCAGCAAAGCCAGGGGGCCCUUCUGACCCCCCCGACCCGGACAGGCCUCCCCACCCAGCCGGCCAAAUGCCUGGAGCCCCCCACCCACCCCGAGGAGCCCAGCGACCUGGAGGAGCUGGAGCAGUUCGCCCGAACCUUCAAACAAAGGCGCAUCAAGCUGGGAUUCACUCAGGGCGACGUGGGGCUGGCCAUGGGCAAGCUGUACGGCAACGACUUCAGCCAGACCACCAUCUCCCGCUUCGAGGCCCUCAACCUGAGCUUCAAGAACAUGUGCAAGCUCAAGCCCCUCCUGGAGAAAUGGCUCAACGAUGCAGAGACCAUGUCUGUGGACUCCAGCCUGCCCAGCCCCAAUCAGCUGAGCAGUCCCAGCCUGGGCUUCGACGGGCUCCCGGGCCGGAGGCGGAAGAAGAGGACCAGCAUCGAAACCAACGUCCGCUUCGCCUUAGAGAAGAGCUUUCUCGCGAACCAGAAGCCUACCUCAGAGGAGAUCCUGCUCAUCGCUGAGCAGCUGCACAUGGAGAAGGAGGUCAUUCGCGUCUGGUUCUGCAACCGGCGCCAGAAGGAGAAACGCAUCAACCCCUGCAGUGCCGCCCCUGUGCUGCCCAGCCCGGGCAAGCCAGCCAGCUACGGCCCCCACCUGGUGGCACCCCAGGGCGGUGGGGGGACCCUGCCGAUGUCCCAGGCUUCCAGCAGUCUGAGCACAACAGUUACUACCUUAUCCUCCACCGUGGGCACCCUGCACUCCAACAGGACGGGCGGCGGGGGUGGCGGCGGGGGUGGCGGUGCCACCCCCCUCAACUCCAUCCCCUCCGUCACCCCUCCGCCCCCCGCCCCCUCCAACAGCACAAACCCCAGCCCCCAAGGGGGCCACUCGGCCAUCGGCUUGUCAGGCCUGAACCCCAGCACAGGAAGCACAAUGCUGGGGGUGAGCCCAGCUCUAAUUAGCAACAACCCUCUGGCCACCAUCCAAGCCCUGGCCUCUGGUGGCACGCUGCCCCUUACCAGCCUUGACGCCAGCGGGAACCUGGUGCUGGGGGCCGCGGGGGGCGGCUCCGGGAGCCCGGGGCUCGUCACUUCAUCCCUCUUCCUCAACCACGCCGGGCUGCCCCUGCUCAGCGCCCCGCCGGCCGUCGGUCUCGUCUCCGCCGCCGCCGCCGCCGUGGCCGCCUCCAUCUCCAAAUCGCCAGGCCUCUCCUCCUCCUCCUCUUCCUCCUCCUCCUCCUCCUCCUCCUCAUCCUCCUCCUCUUCCUCUUCCUCCUCCUCCUCCUCCUGCAGCGAGGCUGCUGCACAGACCCCAGGGGGGGCCGAGGCAGGAGCCAAGCCAGAGUGA